AUGUCCAGCCAGCUCCUCAUCCCGUCCCGCACUUCAUGGUCCAGAAUGGCCUGCUGUAUUGUGUCGCACAGCGAAGGGGGAGGAAAACGUCUCCUAGUGGUGCCCCGAGGUAAGACAGAGACGGUCCUGGAGCUAGCGCACUCUCAUCCUAUGGCCGGACAUUUGGGACAGGAGAAUACAGUUCAACGCGUCCGGGACCGUUUCCACUGGCCAGGACUGGACGCGGAAGUGAAACGGUUCUGUCAGGCCUGCCCAACGUGUCAACGGACCUCACCAAGGAAACCUCCCCCCUCUCCGCUGAUUCCUCUGCCCGUCAUCGACGUGCCCUUCGAGCGCAUCGGGAUGGACCUGAUAGGGCCGCUGCCGAAGUCUGCCCGGGGAUACGAACACAUCCUGGUUGUGGUCGAUUAUGCCACUCGGUAUCCGGAAGCUGUGCCCCUCCGGAAGGCCACCGCCAAGUCCAUCGCGCAGGAACUGUUCCAGCUGUUUAGCCGAGUUGGCAUACCAAAGGAGAUAUUGACCGAUCAAGGUACUCCCUUCAUGUCCCGGCUAAUGGCUGAUCUGUGCAGGCUGCUGCGGGUGAAGCAGUUGAGGACCACGGUCUACCACCCGCAAACGGACGGACUCGUCGAACGCUUUAACCAGACCCUAAAACGGAUGCUUCGACGGGUCACCGCGGAGGACAGACGGGACUGGGACCUGAUGCUGCCGUACAUCCUGUUUGGCGUCCGCGAAGUCCCCCAGGCCUCAACUGGCUUCACCCCAUUCGAGCUCCUAUUUGGCCGACAACCCCGUGGCCUCCUCGAUGUGGCCAAGGAAGCCUGGGAGCAGCAGCCUGCCCGUCACCGAUCUGUUGUCGAGCACGUCCAACAGAUGAGGGAGAAGAUCGAUCAAGUGAUGCCAUUAGUCCGGGAACAUCUGGUCCAGGCCCAGCGGUCCCAACAACGACAUUAUGACCGGGCAGCCCAACCACGGGUAUUUCAACCGGGUGAGCGAGUUCUGGUCCUAGUCCCCAACGCUGCUUGCAAAUUUCUCGCUACCUGGCAGGGCCCCUAUACAGUCCUGGAAAGGAUCGGGCCCAGACCAGCUCGCCGCCUUCAGCGCCACCGAACCCGUGGUGGUAGAUGUCAACCCCCACCUCUCGGCUGCCCAGAAGGGAGAGUUACAACACCUGGUCGGUCAAUUCUCCGAUGUGUUCUCGACCCUCCCGGGCGGACCAACGUGCUACACCAUGACGUCCGGACACCGCCAGGAGUUGUCGUCCGACAGCGGCCUUAUCGGGUCCCUGAGGCUCGUCGGCAGGCUAUCGAGGACGAGGUACAACAAAUGCUGAAGUUAGGGGUGAUUGAACCAUCACGCAGCCCUUGGUCCAGCCCCAUCGUAAUGGUUCCAAAACCGGACGGCACCCUCCGGUUCUGUAACGACUUCAGACGCCUCAACGAGAUAUCCGAGUUCGACAGCUACCCCAUGCCUCGAGUGGAUGAACUUCUGGACCGAUUGGGACGGGCCCGGUACAUCUCCACCCUAGACCUGACCAAAGGAUACUGGCAGGUGCCGCUCUCCGAGUCUGCAAAGCCUAAAACCGCCUUCUCUACUCCUAGUGGCCACUGGCAGUACCGGACCCUCCCCUUCGGUCUCCACGGGGCCCCAGCAUCAUUUCAAAGGCUAAUGGACAUCAUCCUCCGGCCACAUCAGUCAUACGCCGCUGCCUACUUGGAUGAUGUCGUCAUCCACUCUGAGACAUGGGAGGAUCACCUCGAUCGGCUGCGGAGGGUGCUGACAGAGCUGCGGAGGGCUGGACUGACCGCCAACCCCCGAAAAUGUCAUUUGGCUCUAUAUGAAGCAAAGUACCUGGGCUACCAAGUUGGACGAGGACAAAUCCGCCCACAGGAAAAGAAAGUGGAAGCCGUCCGAACAACGCCCAAGCCCAAAUCCAAAACCCAGGUACGAGCAUUCUUGGGGUUGGCGGGAUAUUAUCGCUGCUUCAUCCCUAACUUCUCCUCUUUAGCCUCCCCCCUGACAGACCUGACCAGGAAGGGACAGCCGGAGAAGAUUCAGUGGACACCAGCAGCGAACGAGGCGUUUCGACGGAUUAAGGAUGCGCUCACCUCGGAACCGGUCCUGUGCGCUCCGGACUUUACCUGUCCCUUCCUGCUGCAAACCGACGCCUCGGAUUCCGGCCUGGGGGCCGUCCUCUCCCAAAUCCAGGGGGGAGAGGAACAUCCGGUACUCUACAUCAGCAGGAAGCUGACCCCAGCCGAGAGAAACUAUGCCACAGUAGAAAAAGAGGCCCUGGCCAUCAAGUGGGCAGUCCUGGAGCUGCGGUAUUAUCUCCUCGGCCGGAGGUUUACCCUGGUCACCGAUCGCCCGCUUCAGUGGAUGGCCAGAGCUAAGAACACCAACACCAGGGUAACCAGAUGGUUUCUUGCGCUCCAGGACUUCCACUUUGAUGUCAAACAUCGGGCCGGGGCCGCAAAUGCCAACGCCGACGGGCUCUCUCGGAUCUGGGCAGCUUUUGCAGGUCUGUCAGGUGUCACUCCCCACCCACCCCCUGUCUCUCCCCUACUAACUCAUAUCAUCCACAGGACCAGGACGACGCUUGGGGGGGGGGAGUGUGACGAGUGUCCCGAGGAUCUAUCAGCGUCGCCCUGGAAACCAACGAGCACAGCCCGUUCACGCUCGUCACGGCAGGAUCAGUCUCAGCUGCGCCUCAUCAGCCGGCGUCCUCAUAAGCAGCGAGGCGCCGGCUCAAUGGGAGAGGCUUCUCUUCUGAGAAACAUACACUAA